AUGUUUCAAAAAGUGUUUUCAAUUCCAGGUGGUGCAUAUACCAAUCCAAUAGCACUCGAUAACGAAGAUGAAACUGCUGAAAAUCGGCCUUCUUCUCCACUUCCUCCACGUCCUCCUCAACGUAACCAGUGCGAAAUCGAAAUAGAACCCGGUGUGUUUGCAUUAACAAGAAAUUUACGACAGUUAAUGGCCGUCUUUCCGGAUUCGCUGAGGGAAGCAGCUGCUUUCACACGACAGAAUAAGUUUUUAGGUGGCAAUUGGAGCGUAGUACUCCCCAAGUGA